AUGAAUCACCUGGCUCUUUCAUUGGGUUUUGGCUUCUUGUUUCAGGCCAUUAAAACAUUUUUAUUUACUUAUUUUCCUUCCAUAUCAUUGGCUGCCUCACAGGGGCUUUUCCCAAGACUGGAGAAUGUGGGUGCUUUCAAGAAUGUUUCAACUGCACCAACCCAAGUAACUUGUGGACUACCAGACCGAAGCCUCUUUUGUCAUAGCUCUGUGGAGGCUGAAAGUAUUCAGAAUUGUAUCCAGAGGUUUUGCAUUCAGGAUUGUCCAUCCAGAUCUUCACCCUCUAGGUACACUGCCUUAUUGUCUGCAGGCCUUAAGAGCUGCAUCACUGCAGACAAGCAUGACCUGCCUCCCAACUCCCCUAGCAAUUCUACAAGCUUUAUUUUUGGAUAUAGCAAGAAUUGCUUUUCUUCUCCUUCUCCUUCAAGACUGGCAGCAUCAUUUACUUUAAUUGUGUGGUUGAAACCUGAACAAGAAGAUGUAAUGUGUGUUAUAGGAAAGGCAGUGGAUGAGCAGAUUGUGUUCAAACUUACAAUAUCUGCGAAAGAGACCAUGUUUUAUUAUUGCACAGUAAAUGGUUUGCAGCCUCCAAUAAAAGUAAUGACACUGGGGAGAAUUCUUGUGAAGAAAUGGAUUCAUCUUAGUGUGCAGGUGCAUAGGAAAAAAAUUAGUUUCUUCAUCAAUGGUCUGGAAGAAGAUAAUACAGCUUUUGAUGCAAGAACUCUAAGUGGCCCAAUUAUCAAUGUUACCUCUGGCAUUAUAUGAAUAGGACAGAGUUUAAAUGGUUUACAGCACUUUGUUGGAAGAGUGCAAGAUUUUCGAUUAUACCAAGUGGCACUUACAAACAGGAAAAUGUUACAGUAAUUCUUUGGGAAUGGUGUUUUUCCUGGGGGCAAAGAUUUCAUAUUAUGUAGUCAAUUUGGUUUCUGUGUAUUCUAUCUUGUGAGCUCUGUGUACACAGCCAUUUUUAUGUUGUUUAAGGGGUUCUAUGUUGCUAUUCAGUUUUUUAGUCCUCAACCAACAGCAAUAAGGAUUCAAAGGAAGAAAGAGGACAGCCUAUAUUGGGAAGACUGGCAAUAUUUUGCUAGAAAUUGCAGUGAUAUUGGAAUGAGAAACAAUGGAGAUUUGAAAACUCCUGAUUCUGUGAACUGCCUUCAGCUUCCCAACUUCCCUCCACAUUCCCAUGGUAAUGUCACAUUUACCAUCCUGACACCUCAACGUCCUGGAUACAAUGACUUCUAUAACAGCCCAUCUCUUCAAAAGUUUGUAAGUCAUUUCCAUGGGCAGUACUAUACAACUGAGACUGCUGUCAACUUCAAACCCAGAUACUACUCGGUGGAUGAAAUCACCUUCAGUGGGAGAUGUCAGUGCAAUGGUCAUGCUGAUGCCUGUAAUACAGAGAGCCAACCCAGAUGCAUUUGCUCUCAGGAAAGCUUCACUGAAGGACGUCAUUGUGAUCACUGUUUGCCUCUUUAUAAUGACAAGCCUUUCUGUCAAGCUGAGGAAGAUCAUGCUUACAACUGUAAACACUGUGAAUGCCACCGUCAUUCCAGAAGCUGCCACUACACCAGUUCUGUGGACCCUUUCCCUUCUGACCACUAUAGAGGGGAUGGAGGAGUUUGUGAUUAUUGUGAACAUAACACUACAUGAAGGAACUGUGAGCUGUGUAAGGAUUACUUUUUCCAACUUGGUGCAGAUCCUUCAGCCAGAGAUGUUUGUGCACCCUGUGAUUGUUAUAAAGUUGGCACUAGAAACAACAGCCUUCUUUGUGAUAAGAUUGGAGGCCAGUGUAAUUGUAAGAGACAUGUGUCUGGGAGACGGUGCAAUCAGUGCCAGGAUGGAUUCUACAAUCUUCAAGAGUUGGAUCCUGAGGGCUGCAGUCCCUGCAAUUGUAAUACCUCUGGGACAGUGAAUGGAGAUAUUAUCUGUCACCAAAAUUCAGGUCAGUGCAAGUGCAGAGCAAAUGUUAUUGGGCUUAGGUGUGAUCACUGUGAAGUUGGAUUUAAAUUUCUCCGAAGUUUUAGCAAUGAUGGAUGUCAGCCCUGCAGGUGUAACCUCCAUGGUUCAGUCAACAAGUUCUGCAACCCUCUUUCUGGGCAAUGCAAGUGCAAAAAAGAAGCCAAAGGACUUCAGUGUGACACCUGCAGAGAAAACUUUUAUGGGUUGGAUGUCACUGGUUGUAAGACCUGUGAAUGCAAUAUGUCUGGAACCCUUCCUGGGACGGUCUGUGAUGCUAAAACAGGGCAGUGCAGCUGUAAACCCAAUGUUGGAGGAAGACAGUGCAAUCAAUGUUUAGAAGGUUACUUCUACCUACAACAGCAAAACAGUUCUUUCCUCUGCCAGCCUUGUAACUGUAAUAAGACUGGGACAGUAAAUGGCUCUCUGCUGUGUGAGAAAUCAACAGGACAAUGUCUUUGCAAAUUAGGGGUAACAGGUCGUCACUGUAAUCAGUGUAAACCUCACAGGUACAAUUUCACCAUUGGCAAUUUUCAAGGCUGCCAGAUGUGUAAGUGUGACUCUUUGGAGACACUGCCUGGGACCAUUUGUGACCCAAUCAGUGGCCAGUGCCUAUGUUUGUCUAAUCUUCAAGGAAGAAGGUGCAAUCAGUGUCAACCAGGUUUUUACAUUUCUCCUGGCAAUGCCACUGAUUGCUUACCAUGUUCAUGCCAUAUAACUGGUGCAGUUAAUCAAAUUUGCAAUAGCAUAACUGGUCAAUGUGUUUGCCAAGAUGCCUCCACUGAUGAGCAAAGUUGUGACCACUGCAAGGACCAUUACUUUGUAUUUGAUCCUCAGACUGGAAGAUGCCAGCCUUGCAAUUGUCAUGUCUCAGGAGCCUUGAAUGAAAGCUGUCAUUCUGUCACGGGUCAGUGUUUCUGUAAACGAUUUGUCACUGGCUCAAAGUGUGAUGUGUGUGUUCCCAGUGCAAGCCAUUUGGAUGUCAACAGUCUAUUGGGUUGAAGCAAAACUCCAUCCCAGCAACCUCCACCCAGAGGACAAGUUCAAAGUUCUUCGACUAUCAAUCUAUCUUGGAGUCCACCUGAUUCUGCAAACGCCCACUGGCUUUCUUACAGUUUAUUCAGGAAUGGUUUUGAAAUAUACACAACUGAAGAUCAAUACCCAUACAACAUGGAAAAUGAUAAUGGUACCUUUAAGGCAACCAAAGAGGAUAAUUAUAAGAUUGAAUUGUACAUGAAAAGAUUGAAUUCUAAUGGAGAAACCAUGCCUGCAAAAAAUACAGUUUGUCAGAACAGCUGGUUCAAUCCUCGCACAUUUUCGGCCAAUGAAAAUGCUUUACAACCUCUUCAAACAAUCACAGUCAUCACUGGAUUGGAGCCAUAUACCAAAUACAAAUUUAGAGUCUUAGCUAUGAAUAUGGCUGGUAGUAUAUCUUCUACAUGGACGUCAGAAAGAACAGGAGAAUCAGUGCCUGUGUUCAUGAUCCCUCCUUCAGUAUUUCCUCUCUCACCAUACUCUCUCAGUGUAUCCUGGGAGGAGCCUCCACAUCACAUCACAAAGGGAGAAGUGGGGUACAACAUCGGUAUGAUUUCAGAGAAGUCAACUCAACAAUCUAUUCCAGUGACAUCUUCACAGGUAUUGCAUAGUCUUGAGUCAUCAAGUUUGUCUUAUGGUGUUACUGGUAGAAAACCAUGGAAAAUUUACAUGUUCACAGUGACCCUAUGCAAUGCAAAAGGUUGUUGUAGCAGUGCAGUUGCAAAAUGGGAAAUUGUGGCUGCAUCACCAGCCCAACUGAGGUCACCUCCUAUCAAAGUAAUCAACAGCACAACCAUCCAUCUUAAAUGGUUUCCACCUGAAGAACUGAAUGGGCCCUCUCCUAUAUAUCAUCUGGAAAGGCGAGCGUCAUCUCUAGGAGCUCCGAGGGCCAGAAUGAUGAAAGGAAUUCGUUUUACCGGAAAUGGAUAUUGUAAAUAUCCAAGUUCUACUGUGCCAGUCAAUAGAGAUUUUACAGGUAUUAAGGCCAGCUUCCGAACAAGGGUGCCUGAAGGUUUGAUUGUUUUGGCAGCAACCCCUGACAAUCAAGAGGAGUAUUUUGCACUUCAGUUGAAGAAUAGGCGUCCUUAUUUUCUUUCUGAUCCUCAGGGAUCUUCAGUGGAAAUUACAACAACUAAUGAUAGUGGUAAAGAAUACAGUGAUGGUAAAUGGCAUGAAGUAAUCACUAUUAGACAUCAGGCUAAUGGACAAAUCACUCUGGAUGGGCAGUAUACAGGUUCCUCAGCAACCCUGAAUGUUACCACAGUUACUGGAGAUACCACAAGACUUUUUGUGGGAGGGCUGUCACAAGAUUACACCAUCCUCAGAAAGGAUCAUGCGAUAAAUCCAAAGGGCUUUGUGGGUUGUCUCAAGGAUGUGCAUUUUUUGAAGAAUCAAAAUCCCUCUACUGUCUGGGAACCGGACUGGCAGAGUUCGGAAGAGCAAGUCAGUGUGUGUAGCAGCUGGGCAGGAUGUCCCACUUCAUUAAAAGAGGCAUUCCAGUUCCUAGGAGCAAGGUUCCUGGAACUUCAUUCAUAUAUAUUUACUUGUGGAAUGGACUUUGAGAUUUUCUUUAAGUUCAAAACUGACCAGUUGAAUGGAUUGCUUCUUUUUGUUUACAACAAAGAUGAACCAGACUUUCUUGCUAUGAAGCUAAAAAGUGGAACAUUGAGGUUCCUGUUAAAUACCAAUCUUACGUUUAUGCAAGUGGGUCUAUGGCUGGGGCUGUCUUAAUGUGAUGGAAAGUGGAAUAAAGUGACUAUGAAAAAGGAAGCUUCAGUCAUAUGGACAAGUAUGAAUGAGCUGACAGAGCAUGUAUCAGAGUCCAGGGUCCAGCCUCUGACGGUGAAUUCCCCCAUCUACCUAGGAGGAAUCCCACAGGAACUGCACAGCACUUUUAAACAACUGAGUUUAAAACAACGUUUCGGUAGUUGCAUGAAGGAUGUUACAUUUACACGGGGUGCUGUCGUUACCUUGGCAUCUGUGUCCAGUAGUGCUGUCAGAGUCAAUCUGGAUGGAUGUCUAUCAACUGACAGCGCUGUUAACUGCAAGGGAAAUGACUCCAUCCUGGUUUGGGGGAAGGAACACAGUGUUUUUGAGACUUGUCUCCAGCCUUUCACAGAAUACCUGUAUCGAGUGAUUGCCUCCGACAAAGGAGGUUCAGUAUAUAGUGACUGGAGUCGGGGAUACACAACAGGAGCAGUUCCUCAAAGCAUGCCAACUCCCUUAAGAGCCAGCAGCAUAAAUGGAUAUAGCAUUGAAGUGACUUGGGAUAAGCCUAUUGUGGUUAGAGGUGUAAUUGAGAAGUACAUUCUGAAAGCAUACAGUGACGACAAGUCCCAACCACCCCUUGUGCCCUCAGCCAGUGCUGAGCUGAUCAACAAACACCAAGUCACUGGCAUAUUGACAGGCUUGCUACCCUUCAAAAACUAUGCAGUGACCCUAACUGCCUGCACUUUGGCUGGCUGCACUGAGAGCUCACAUGCAUUGAACAUCUCUACUCCACAAGAAGCUCCACAAGAGGUUCACCCACCAGGAGCCAGAUCUCUUCCCAAAUCUUUGUUAGUCUUCGGGAAACCACCCAAACAAGUAAAUGCCAUUAUAACUCAGUACUCUUUAUACAUGGAUGGAAUGCUGAUCUGUUCAGGCAGGGAGAACUACACAGUCACAGCAUUGGUGGUUGCUGGGUUGCAACAACCAAGGAAAAUAAAUGGAAUUCUGGAGCGCUAUGUAUUAUAUAUUUCAAAUCACACGCAUGAUUUUACAAUUUGGGAUGUCCUACAUAACAGUACAAAACUUUUUCAGGAUCACAUGCUACAGUAUCUUUCUCCUGGCAAUGAACAUCUCAUCAAGCUGGAAACUUGCACUGGUGGGUGUACUGUGAGUGAGGCCAGUAAGGCCCUUACUGAAGAGAACAUUCCAGAAGGAGUGCCUUAGCCCAGAGUACACUCAUAUUCACCUGACUCCUUUAACAUCUCCCGGACUGAGCCUGAAUCUCAGAAUGGUAUUAUAACAAGCUAUGGGUUAUAUCUACAUGAUGUAUUAAUUCACAAUUCCUCAGAACUCAGCUGUCAUGCUCAUGGAUUCAUUCCUUGGAACUUGCAUUCCUUCUGAGUCCAGGCAUGCACCGUCAAAGGCUGUGCAAUGGGCCUGCUGGUGGAAAAUCGAACUCUAGAAGCCCCUCCUGAAGGACCAGUAAAUGUGUUUAUCAAAACAGAGGGAAGCAGAGAAGCCCAUGUAAAGUGGGAAACUCAUUUUUCCCCUAAUGGAUGCUUAACAUACUCUGUCCUUUUUACUGGAAUUUUCUAUGCAGAUCAAGUCAAUAAUAACUACACCAUUUUGAAUGGAACACAAAUCAUGUACAGCAGUGAGAGUACCAACUACUGGGUGCUUGUCAAUGGAUUGAUUCCCUUCACUAACUAUUCUGUACAAGUGAAUGUUUCAAACACCCAAGGCAGUUUGACAAGUGAUCCUAUAGUGAUUACAAUGCCUCCAGGAGCUCCAGAUGGCGUCCUGCCUCCAAGGCUUUCAUCUGCCGCUCCAACCAGUCUUCAGGUUGUCUGGUCUACACCAGUUCAUAACAACGCUCCCGGCUCUCCCAGAUACCAACUCCAGAUGAGAACUGGCCGCUACAACCAUGGAUUGCUAGAGUGAUUAUUUUCCAGUCCUUCUGCAUCAUUAAGCUAUGAAGUGAGAGAUCUCCAACCGUACACAGUGUAUAAGUUUCGGCUGGUUGCCUCCAAUGGAUUUGGCAGUGCUCAUAGCUCUUGGAUUCCAUUCAUAACCAAAGAAGACAAACCUGGACCUAUAGAUGCUCCAGUUCUUCUAGGUGUGAAUUCAAGAAUGAUGUUGGUUGUUAUUACCCAUUAUAGCAUUUAUCAGCAUGGUCAUCUCUACUUGAAAACUUCUGGAAAUGUCUCUAGUUGCACAAUGGUCCAUCUACACCCAUACACCACCUACCAGUUUCAAAUAGAAGCUUGUACUUCAAGAGGAUGUUCCCUUUCAUCAGAGUCUCAGACUGUAUGGACAUUCCCAGAUGCCCCAGAAGGUAUCCGAAAUCCAGAACUGUUCUCUGAUACACCAACAUCUGUGAUUAUAUCUUGGCAACUCCCCACCCAUCCCAAUGGUUUAGUAGAAAACUUCACAGUUAAGAGAAGACCGCAAGGGAAGGAAGAAGUUACUACCCUGGUGGCUUUCCCAAGACUUCAUCCCAUGAGGUUUAUCAACAACACUCCUGCUCUUAGAUCUUGAACAAAAUAUGAAUACUGAGUACUGAUGAGCACAAAUGUCAGUGAUUGGGCAGAAGUUACCGCAAGACCCUCACAGACUGCUGUGGUACAGCCACCCAUGCAUGUUUAUCUUUUAUUUCAGGUCACUUGGAUACCCCCCUCCAUCCUGAAUGGAGAUAUACUUAGCUGUGAUAUUCGCAUGCUUGACCCUCAUAUCACAGUAACCAAUACUAAUUCCUCAGUGUUAGCUCAAAUUAUUACUAACCUGAUUCCUUUCACAAAUUAUUCUGUUACCAUGGUGGCUUAAUCAGGGAGAAAUGGAUAUUCAGGAGGCUGCACAGAUAGUUUACCCACCUAUGUUACCACCCACCCCACCUUACUUCAGGAUGUUGGCCCAUUGUUGGUGAUUCCACUAAGUGCAUUGUAUGUUUGGAUUUCUUGGCAGCCACCAUCCCAAGAAAAUUGACCUAAUUUGAGAUAUGAGCUUCUGAGAUGUAAAAUUCUGCAACCACUUGCAUCAAAUCCCCCAGAAGAUUUAAAUCUGUGGCACAAUAUUUAUUCAGGAACUCAGUGGUUUUAUGAAGAUAAGAGUCUUAGCAGGUUUACAACAUACAAAUAUAAGCUCUUUGUAUACAACGCUGUGGAUUGUGCUCCAAGCCAGGAAGCAACUGUGACAACAUUAGCUGGUCUUCCAGAGAGAGGGGCCAAUCUCACCACCCGGGCACUUAACCACACUGCUAUAGACAUGGAAUGGACUAAACCAACUCUUCAAGAUCUACAAAGCAGUGUUGAUUAUUAUAUACUCUUUUGGAGUUCUGCUAGCUCAAAUGAAUCUCUGAAAAUCCUCCAAGAUGUAAACUCCCAUGUCAUUGGCCACAUAAAUCCAAAUACAGAGUAUCAGAUUUUUAUCUCUGUCUCCCGUGGAGUUCACAGCAUCCGCAGUGGAAUUCUGUACACAACCACUUGUGAUGGAGAGCCUGAGGGCAUGCUUCCUCCAGAGGUUGUCAUCAUCAACAGUACAGCUGUACAUGUCAUCUGGACAUCUCCUUCAAACCCAAAUGGUGUUGUCACUAAGUAUCCCAUCUAUGGAAAUAAUAAGCUCUACAAGACUGGAAUGAAUGUGCCUGGGUCGUUCAUUCUGAGAGACCUGUCUCCCUUCACUAUCUAUGACAUUCAGGUUGAAGCCUGCACAAAGUAUGCCUGUGUGAAAAGCAAUGGAACCCAAAUCACUACUGUCGAAGAGACUCCAGGUGAUAUACCAACCCCCAUGAUUCACAGCAUCACCUCCAGAUCCCUUCAAAUUGACUGGGUAUCUCCUGUGAGGCCAAAUGGCAUCAUUCUUGGAUAUGCUCUUUCCCGGAAAACAUGGUAUCCAUGCUCUGUAGCCCGGAAGUUGAUGAAGAACAACAGUGAUGUGUGCAUGGGGGUGAAAUGUCAAAAACCAGAGACUAUCUGUGGAGACAUGUGCUGUUCUCCUGAAGCUAAGAUUUGUUGCAGUGGAAUUCUCUACAACCCCCAGCCUGGAUACAGCUUUUGUGAAGAGAAAUAUUUCCCAUUUGCUCUGAAAUCAAUGGGAAUUUGUUGUGGUGGCAGAAUACAGGAAGUACAACCAGGUCAUCAGUGCUACUCUGGGUAUUACGCUAGAAUUCUACCAGGUGAAGUAUGCUGUCCAGAUGAACAGCACAAUCGGGUUUCUGUUGGCCCUGGCGACUCCUGCUGUGGCAGAAUACCCUACUCCACCUCAGGACACUAGAUUUGCUGUGCUGGGAGGCUCCACAAUUGCCAUGGGCAGCAGUGUUGUGGUGGACAGAUUGUGAGCAGAGUAUUAGAGUGCUGCAGCGGAGAGGACGAAGGUGUGGUGUACUUGCGCCUUCCAGAGAUGUUCUGCUGUGGGCAGGAUUAUGUGAAUAUGUCAGAUACCAUAUGCUGCUCAGCUUCCAGUGGAGAGUCUAAAGCACAUGUUAAAAAGAAUGACCCAGUGCCAGUAAAAUGCUGUGAGACUGAACUUAUUCCAGAGAGCCAGAAAUGCUGUAAUGGAGUUGGAUAUAAUCCUUUGAAAUAUGUUUGCUCUGACAAGAUUUCAGCUGGAAUGAUGAUGAAGGAAUGUAAAAAAUGCUAGACUCUCUGCCCAGUAUCCAUGGAAGCCACAGCACAUUGUGGGAGGUUUGACUUCAACUUUUGCAAUCGUGUCUGCACUGUUAUAAAAGCGGCUCAUAAUUCCACGGAAAAGACAUCAAGCGAAGACAUAUGCUUCUCUGCUGAAGACAUUUCAUGCUCGAUCCACUAAGCCAGUACCAGCUCCUUUCUCUUUUCAGAUGUAAAUGUGGAGCAAUAUAUGACAUAUGAAUAUAGGAUUUCUGCAUGGAAUAGUUAUGGACAAGAAUUCAGCAAAGCUGCUAGAGCCAGUAAAAUAGAUGAUGUGCCCUAAGGAGUGGGUCCCCCUACCUGGACCAAGAUGGAUCAUGUUAAAGAUGUAAUAGUCUUGAACUGGAAGAAACCUAUACAGCCAAAUGGUCAUAUAAUUUACUACAUUCUCCUCCGAAAUGGGACUGGAUGCUUUUGGGGAACAUCAUUAACCUUCUCUGAUCCAAAGGGAAUUCAUUCUUUUCAGGAAUAUUCAUAUGAGCUGAAAGCAUGCACAGUUGCUGGCUGUACUGCCAGCAGAAAGGUAGUUGCAGCCACUACCCAAGGAGUUCCAGAGAGCAUGCUGCCAUCACGAAUCACAGACUCAAGUGCAGAGACUUUGCAUUUGAGCUGGAGUGUCCCUGAGAAACCAAAUUAUGUCAUUAAAGAGUAUCAGCUCAGGCAGGUUGGGAAAGGUCUUAUCUAUACUGAUACCUCUGACAGGAGGCAGCAUCCUAUCACAGGUCUCCUGCCAUACAGAAACUACAGCUUCACAAUUACAGCUUGUACAUCUGCUGGAUGUACUUCAAGUGAACAUUUUCUAGGUCAGACACUUCAGGCAGCCCCUCAAGGAGUUUGGGUGACACCUAGACAUAUUAUCAUCAAUUCGACAACACUGGAAUUGUAUUGGAACCACCCAGAAAAGCCUAAUGACGUCAUUUCUCAGUAUCACCUGAAACGUCAUGGAACGUUGGUUGUCCUGGGUGGCAAUGAGGAGCAGAAUUUCACUGAUAAAAACUUGAAGCCCAACAGCAGAUACAUUUGCAAGUUAGAAGCCAAAACUGGAGGUGGUAGUAGUACAAGUGAUGAUUAUGUGAUACAAACACCAGGAUGGACCACAGAAGAAAUCCAGUCUCUGUAUAAUGUAACAGUAAAUGGACCUUAUUCCAUAUUUGUAGCUUGGACCCCACCAGGGAUUAUCACCCCUCAAGUGCCUGUAAAGUACAAUGUCUUACUCAAUGCUGAAAGCGAAGCACCUCUGAUCUCCCCUGUUGGUCAACAUCUUUCCAUCCUGCUGGAAAAGUUAGCCCCAUUAACACAGUAUGGGAUAAGGGUCCAAGCAUGUCAAAAUAGAGCUUGUGGAGUUAGCAAUAGGGUGUUUGUUAAAACAUCUGAUGAUGCUCCAAUGGAUCUUAAUCCCCCUGUUCUUAAUGCACUGGGGUCAGCUUGCAUAAAGGUUGAAUGGUUACUGCCUAAAAAACCCAAUGGAAUCGUCAUCAACUAUUUUAUUUACAGACGUCCUGCUGGCACUGAAGAAGAGUCCCUCUUAUUCAUCUGGUCAGGAGCCCUUGAAUUUACUGAUACCUCAGAUCUGAGGCCUUAAAGACUCUACGAAUACUGAGUCAAAGCCCAGAACUCCCAGGACUCAGUGGAGAGUCAGUGGUCAUCAGCACAGACCUUGGAAACCCCACCUCAAGAUUUGCCAACUCCUUGGUCUCAAGCUACCAGUGCACAUUCAGUUCUGCUGAAUUGGACAAAGCCAGAGUUUCCCCGUGGUAUUAUUACCCAGUACCUUGUGGUCUACCAAGAGAUACCAGGUGAUCCAACAUUGAAUGUGUCCAUCAUAUGUGCUUUUACAGUGAAGGGAACAAGCUAUCAAGCACACCUGUUCAGGUUAGAACCAUUCACAACAUAUCAUAUUGGUGUGGCGGCUGCAAACAAGGCAGGAGAAGUUUCAAGCCCCUGGACUGUGGUUCAAACCUUAGAAUCGUCCCCAAGUGGAUUGAACAACUUCACAGCAGAACAAAAAGAGAAUGGCCAUGCAUUGUUACUCCAUUGGUCAGAGCCUACAAGAAGCAAUGGUGUGAUUAAGACUUACAACAUCUUCAAUGAUGGUACCCUGGAGUAUACUUGCUUGAACCGUCAUUUUUUCUAGCGUCAUCUGACCCCUUUCACUCUCUACACACUGACCUUGGAGGCCUGCACCAGGGUGGGCUGUGCACACUCAGAGCCCCAGUCUCUGUGGACAGAGGAGGCCCCUCCCAGCUCUCAGUUGGUUCCCACAAUUCAGACAUUGGGGUCCACCAACAUUGAGCUGAGUUGGUUUGAACCUGUUAACCCAAAUGGAAUGAUAAUUCACUAUGAAGUGAUUCACAGAUGCUUCGAAGGGAAAGCUGGGGGCAACCAUACAAUCCCGGGAGAUGAGAAAAUUGUUUUCACGGACUAUAAUACUGAAAGGAACACCUUUAUGUACAAUGACACAGGUUUGCAGCCAUGGAUGCUCUAUGAAUAUAAAAUUGACACUUGGAAUUCAGCAGGCCAUACCUGUAGCUCAUGGAGUGUCGCAAAGACAAAACAAGCACUUCCAGAAGGUAUCUUUCUACCUGAACUAUCCCACUUGUCUGCGCAUCCCCAACGACUCCUAAUUUCCUGGACCCCACCAGAACAGCCUAAUGGCAUUAUCCAGUCCUAUCGGCUUCAAAAGAAUGGAAUAUUCUACCCUUUCAGCUUUGAUGCUCUGACUUUCAAUUAUACAGAUGAAGAACUGCUUCCUUUUUCCACAUACAGUUACGCAGUCAUGGCCUGCACAAGGGAAGGCUGCUCCACCAGCAAACCCCCCAACAUCAAAACUCCUGAGGCUGCUCCAGGAGGGCUCAGCUCUCCAGCUCUUUAGACCAUCAGUGCCACUCAAAUAAAUGUAUCUUGGUCACCACCAUCAAAUCAAAAUGGAAAGAUCACAAAGUAUCUACUUAGAUCUGAUGGUAAGGACUACCUUGCUGAGCAAGGCCAUUCCAUGCUGGUUUCUCACCUGCAACCUUAUACCCAAUAUAAUUACUCCCUAGUGGCCUGCACCAAUGGUGGUUGCACAGUUAGUGUGUCAGUAUCUGCCUGGACAUUGGAGGCCCCACCACAGAACAUGGGCGCUCCAAGAUUGCAAGUUACAGGCUCAGAAUCAAUAAAAAUCACCUGGAAACCUCCAAGAAACCCAAAUGGUCUAAUCAGAAGUUAUGAACUUAGGAGGGAUGGAGCUAUUGUAUAUACUGGACUAGAAAUCCCCUAUCACGAUUUUACCCUCAACCCAGGUAUGGAGUAUGGCUACACAGUGACUGCCAGUAACAGCCAAGGUGGUAUUUUGAAUCCACUUGUCAAAGAUCGAACCAACCCCUCAGCACCCUCAGGGAUAGAACCCCCAAAAUUCUAGGACCCUCAGGAGAUUUUAGUGUAUUGAGACCCUCCAGUGAAGACAAACGGCAGUAUUGUUAACUGUACUCUCUUCAUCCAUGAACUCUUUGAAAGAGAAGCAAAGAUUAUGCACAUAAACACAACUCAUGAUACUUUUGGUACCCGGUUGUUCGUAAUAAACCAGCUGCAGCCAUUUCAGAGGUAUGAAGUUCGCAUUCAAGCAUACACCAUGCUGGGAUGUGCAGCUAGUGACUGGACAUUCAUAGAGACCCCUGAAAUUCCACCUCUGAUGCAACCUCCUCCCCAUCUACAGGCACAGAUGGCUUCAGGAGGAGUGCAGCCCACUGUUUCCCUCUUGUGGGCAGGGCCACUUCAGCCAAGUGGAAAAGUUUUGUAUUAUGAAUUGUACAGAAGGCAAAUAGCAAAUGAACCUGGAAAAUCAAAUCCAGUGCUGACCUAUAAUGGAAGUUCAAACUUUUUUAUUGAUUCAGAACUAUUUCCGUUCACAGAAUAGGAAUAUCAGGUCUGGGCAGUAAAUUCAGCAGGAAAAGCACCCAGUAAUUGGACAUGGUAUAGAAUUGGGCCUGCACCCCCAGAAGGUCUCCAAACCCCCAAAUUCCACAAGGUCUCAUCUACCCAAGCAGUGGCCAACAUCAACGCCCCUGUAAACGGGAUUGUCAGUCUCUGUAGGCUGUUCUCCAACAAUACCAGUGGAACAGAGACGGUGAUGAGCUGCAAACUUUCUGAACUAAACACCCAGACAGACCCUGAACAACUACAGCCCCUCACGCCAUACUCCAUUGGGGUAGAGGCCUGUACUUGCUUCAACUGUUGCAGCAAAGGUCCACCAGCUGAACUGAGGACUCACCCUGCUCCACCCGCAAGACUGUCCUCUCCACAAAUCCAGACACUGGCAUCGAGAACGGCUUCCUUUCAGUGGAGUGACCGUAUGUCCCCAGAUGGUGUCAUUCAAAGAUGUGAACUCCAAUUCUAUGUGGUGUGCCCUCCCAACGCAGCCCUGCCCUGUACUCCCAGCCAAACAGAGACAAAGUACAAGGGGCUGGGGCAGCAAGCCAGCCUUGGGGGUCUCCAGCCUUACACAGACUACAGGCUGAGGGUGGUGCACAACGAGGUAGGCCGCUUGGCUUCCAAAUGGAUCCACUUCACCACCCAUAGAGAACUGCCUCAGUACCGAGCCCCAUUUUCCGUGGACAGUAAUUUGUCUGUGGUGUGUGUCAUCUGGAGCGGCACUUACCUCCUGAACGGCCCGCUGAAGGAGUACAUGGUGAUGGAUGGAGGGCAGAGUGUGUACGGUGGCUUAGACACCACCUUUUACGUACAAAGGACGGCGAACAAAAUUCUUCCUUUUGUCAACUUCCUUUUCCAGGUCAUCUGCAUUACAGACAAAGGAAGUGUUAAGACACCUUUGAUCCAAUAUGAUACUACUUUUGAACCUGGUGUGGUGCCAACAACUCCUGGAGAAAAGAGAGGGUCGGGAAGCAAAACCACGGAGUUCUACAAUGAGCUAUGGUUCGUUGUGUUAAUGGCAAUGCUGGGCCUGAUUUUGUUGGCUAUUUUUCUGUCCCUGAUACUGCAAAGAAAGAUCCACAAGGAGCCGUAUGUUAGAGAGAGGCCACCCUUAGUUCCUCUUCAGAAGAGGGUAUCUCCACUGAGUGUCUGCCCACCGGGAGAAUCCCAAGUGGGAUUGGCUGAUACCAAAAUUCCUCAGUCUGAGACACCUGUGAGUAUCCGGAGCACCUGGAGCGUGUCUGUUCUGCGAAUCCCAAGUCAAAGUCAAAUCAGCCAAACCUGUUCCCAAGGAUCUCUCCAUCGCAGUGUCAGUCAGCUCAUGGACAUUCAAGACAAGAAAGUCUUGGUUGACAGUUCGCUGUGGGAAACUAUCAUGGGCCAGGAUAGUGGACUGUAUGUGGACGAAGAUGACCUGAUGAAUGCCAUCAAGGGUUUCAGUUCAGUGACCAAGGAGCACACCACAUUCACAGACACCAACCUGUAA